AUGAGGAAAGCAGGCCGUACCUCUCUGUUGAAGGACGUCCUUUGGGUACAAGAAACCUACGGUAAUGACGCGUCAUCAGUCGACCAACUUGUCGACCGCCUCCGCUCCACUUUUAACAUAUACAGUCGUCACAAGCUCCAACCUUUCACCAGAAAGGUGAAACAAACCCUAGCUUCCAGCAACAUAACACGAAAGAAAAGACGAAUUGAGUUACAUGAAUCAGAGUCUUCAUCCUCGCAAUCGCAAUCAGAUGAUGGAGACGAAGAAGAUAGAAAUGCAGUUUUGACAUCUGAGGAUGAUGUCCAUAGCCUGGAAUUAGAACCGGAGUUUGAUUUAACAAAGUCGAGACUUAGAAACACGUACAGAAAAGAAACAAAAACGGUUGGUUCAGCGAAAGAAUAUACAUAUAGACGUCUUAAGGCACAAAAACAGAGCAACUUAUCAAAUGAUGUUGAUGCGAAUGUAAGACACAAUGAUGAUGGUGUUGAUGCGAAUGGAAGACACAAUGAUGGGCCAAGGUUUAAGGACUUUGGUGGAAUGGAUGAUGUGAUAAAUAUGUUGAAGAAACAGUUACAUGGUCCACCAGGGUGUGGAAAGUCAACGCUAGCUCGAGCCAUUGCUAACGAAACUGGAUUUCCAUUCUAUGAGGUUGCAGCCAGUGAGAUUGUCUCUGGUAUAUCAGGUGCAUCAGAAGAGAACAUACGAGAGCUAUUUUCAAAAGCAUACAGAACAACACCAUCUAUAGUUUUCAUCGAUGAAAUCGAUGCAAUCGCUUCAAAAAGAGAAAAUCAUCAAACGAAAAUGGAAAGCCGGAUUGUGACACAAUUAUUGGCAUGCAUGGAUCAAUCCCACAGAGGUGAAAAACAAGGAUACGUCUUAGUAAUCGGUGCUACUAACAGACCUGAUGUUCUUGACCCAGCAUUAAGAAGGACUGGAAGGUUUGAUCGCGAGAUUGCUUUAGGUGUUCCAGAUGAAAAAGGAAGAUUCCAGAUUCUUAAAGUUCUUACACGUGAAUUGAGAGUGUCAGGUGAUCUUGAUCUAGUGAAAGUUUCUAGGGCGACUUCAGGGUUUGUUGGUGCUGAUUUGGAAGGACUGGUGACUGAAGCUGGGAGUCUUGCAAUGGCAAGAGUCAUAGAUGAAAGAGAGUUGGAACUUUGUAAAGGAAGUGAGAAAAAUGAACGUUGGUGGGAGAAAGGGUGGUAUGUUGAGGAAUUAGAGAAACUUGAAGGCGUGAGAAUGUUGGAUUUUGAGGUAGCAAUAAAAAAUGUUGUCGCUUCUUCCAAAAGAGAAGGGUUUUCUAUGAUUCCAAAUGUUAAAUGGGAAGUUGUUGGAGGUCUUGAUACUUUGAGAAGGGAGUUUAAUCGUAAUAUAAUUGGGCCUAUAAAAUUUCCUGAUGAGUUUGAUCAGAAAUGUGGAGUUGAUAUGGAGAUGGGGUUUUUGCUAUAUGGACCACCUGGUUGUGGGAAAACAUUAAUCGCACAAGCUGUUGCUAAUGAAUCAGGAGCAAAUUUCAUAUACGUUAAGGGUCCUGAGCUUUUGAGCAAAUAUGUUGGUGAGGCGGAAUCGGCAAUUCGAAAAAUAUUCAGUCGUGCUAGGACGUGUUCCCCAUGCAUAGUGUUCUUCGAUGAGAUAGAUGCUCUGACAACAAACCGUGGAAAAGAAGGGGGACACGUGGUUCAGGGAGUUGUGACCCAGCUUUUGGUAGAGCUAGAUGGUGUUGACCAAAGAAAGGGCGUUUAUGUAAUUGGUGCUACAAACAGGCCUGAGAUGGUGGACAAGGCACUCUUAAGACCCAAAAGAAUGGAGAAACUUGUGUAUGUGCCUCUGCCAAAUCCAGAUGAACGUGGGUUGAUCUUGAAAGCUCUUGCUAGGAAUAAGCCAAUAGAUGCUGACGUGGACUUGAUUGCUAUUGGUCAGAGUGAGGCUUGUGCAAAUUUUAGUGGAGCCGAUCUUUUUGCAUUGAUGAAAGAAGCUAUCAUGAUUGUUCGUGAAGAGAGAUUAAACAUAAAGCAAGCUGCAACAGCUACUGAUGAACCAGAAAGCUCAUUACGUGGGUUGCCACAUACUAUUAAAGCUAUACAUUUUGAGCAAGCUUUGGGGAAAAUCUCCCCUUCUGUCUCAGAUAAGCAAAAACAGUAUUUCCAUCGACUAUCAAAGACGUUUGGAACAUCGUAA